AUGAAUAAACGACAGGCAAUAUAUCAAGUGCUUUAUUUUGGUAUGAUAAUAUCCACAGCACUUAUGAUAUGGAAAGGUUUGAUGGUAGUAACAGGCAGUGAAAGUCCUAUUGUCAUUGUACUUAGAAAUGAUGGCUAUGUUAAAUUUUUAACUAAAGGUGAUAAUAAUAAAGUUGAUGAUUGUGGUCUUUAUUCUCCAGGACAAUUAUGGCUUGAAAAAAAAGAUGUUAUUGGUCGAGCUCGAGGAUAUUUUUCUCAGUUUGUUUCUGAUAUUGAAUAG